AUGCCUCCAUCACCAUGUUUUACGGGCCUCCCCACUGAGGUCCGCUUGCAAAUCUACGAAUUUUACUUUCAUCUUCCAGGUGGUCUGAUCUAUUCCCACGACAAACAAAAGCUCGUUGCAAAGGAUCCAGAGGAAAAGCUGGAGGUUUCCUUAAUGUUCACGUGUCGUACCACAGCUGCCGAGACUCAAGGUCUGCCUUUCGAGUUCAACACGGUCACUUUUACCACGGGCUGUCACACAAGCAACUACAGCCAUGCUGGGGAAUAUUCACAAACUCUCCUCCUGCUUCACAAUCAGCGUUUCGAAGUCCUCAGCUACAUGCGCCCAGCAAUCUCAGAGGAAAUCUAUGACGAAACAACUUCGAGAUUUCCGCUCUUCAAACCAGUGCUAGAUGCCAUCAAGGAACACUGGCCGCAGAAUGGGGAGGAUAACGAGGAUUUCAUACGCGAAAUCGCUCGAUGGGGUGAUGUGCCUUUUUCUGCACGAGAAGCAGUAGCCCUCACAUGCCAGUUGGCACUGCAAUCAAUGGAAAGGGAAACCAUCGCUGCCGUGGCCGGAUACCGGCUGGACAACCCGAAUCUACCUCCCCACGAUGACCCCUUGCGCAUACUCACUCUUGAUCACCAACCUUGGGACAUACCCUCGAAAAGUAAAUUGCAGCGACUGCGAGCUAGCUUAUAUAUGCCACCUCAAGGUGCCUUCUCCUGGGAGCGAGGUAUUAGGAAUGAUAAUGGCAUAUGGAGGAAUUCUAGUCAACAUACAAGGCCGUACCACUUCUCCGCGGCUGCAGUAGCUAUUCAUUUUCUCCAGCAGCUGUCUGUCAAGCAACGAGCGCAUUUUCGAAAUAUCGUGCUACGCGAGGACUCCGAGUCCGUCGCUUUCCCAGCAUGUCACGCUCGCGGACUCAUUCCUUUCUGCCAGGAGAACCCUUGCCUUCGCAUCGAGAGGCGAGUUAAUUUAAUCGGUAACGUUUUAGAGGUCCCUGAAAGUCUAUGUCUCGCACGUGACAGGUUCAUAUCCGACAUGUCCAAAGCAUUGGCGGUCUGGCUUGUUGAGGCAAUGGACCUGGAGCCUGCCGGCAUGCCACCCAAUGCCUUCAGCUUUGUUCUCGACGAUGAUCAGGCGCCGGACAGGGCGAUGGUCGCCUUUGACAAAGUUUACCAUAGGUGCCUCACUUGGCAGCGCCAUAUGGAGAGUGAAUACGAAAGCGGCGACAAGGACACCAGGCGCUUCUUCCAAUUGACGAAGAAUAGGCUGUAUAUUUUGGAUGGAUUUCCUCGAGCGAUGGAGGAACUCUACCGAAAUAAUGGCAUCCUCCGCUGCAACUUCAACCCAGGUGAACCAAGUGAAGUAACCGAAAGCUCGAUCUGGACCAUGGACGACUACGCGACCAUCGACAUCGUUGACGAACUAGGGUUUGACCAACGUACUGUCAUGCUUCACUUUAACCAUGCGAUAGGCGAAGUAUUUGGGGAUACUGAACUUCCGGGUCUUCUUUGA